AUGGCUUCAGACGAUGAAAACUUCCCGGACGCAACUAUUCAAAAUAGUGGCUUGAAUGUUCCGCGCAUAGAAAUGUUGGCAGACGACAUCGCUGGAUUUGUGUCAGCCAGCCGGCCCGCUAAAAGGAAGCGUGACAAAAUGGAUAUGCAAGACAAUCUCCAGGAUCCCUCACAGACCGUCACGGAAGAAAAUCAUGAUAAUAACGUCAAGUUUUCAAGGCACUGGAAGCCACCACAGGGUAUCAUCACAGACAAGGACCUUGAAGAGAUUCAUGCAAGCCUUGGUUCAAGCAAUACGAAGAUUAAGGAACUGAGAAAACGCAAGGCGGUGCGCGAGAUCGCUUUACGGAAAAGCGUUGACACAAUAGACCUUACGGAAAAGUACCAGCUCGGAGCAGCUUAUCUUCAGCUUACGGGUCAACAAACUCAGGAUCCCUGUAAGGAAUGCCAAGCUGGUAAAGGGCCCUUCGAGUUUUGCGUCUACGGUGAUAGCAACAGGUGUGGCAACUGCUGUCACCGUGGCCGCGGCAACGCUCACUGCUCUUUUCAGACAACCGGGAAAGAGAAUACUGAAGCUAUCAAUGAAUCCCCUCAUCACGCAGACAAAGAUGCUUCGAUACCGGAUGCCAAAUCAGUGCCGGACGUGCUCUCUGAACCUGGAAUCGGGAUAGGGCUUGAACAUCAUCCAGAGCCGGAGCCGGAACAUCAGAAGGGCGGACGAGAACUAAGACCACGACCGCCACAGCCACCACGGCCGCCACGGCGCAAUAGAAAACUGCCACAAAGAGAGCAGGAUACUAAAGUAACAGAAACUGCCACAGUUGGCCGAAAACAACAACCUGACACACCCCUCAGCCCUCCAUCCGCAACAACCAUGACAACAACAACAACAGCAGCAGCAGCAGCAGCAGCAGCAGCAGCAUCAACAACAACAAGGCAAGAACUACCAUCAGAUGUUCACGAAGCACAACUCCCUGCUGCCGUAGGAUCAGUGGGUAACGUACAAACUUCCCGCGAACGAUGCGAAUGCAGGCCGAGAGACACCCGCCCCGAAAGACAGGAGGAAAGUGAUGACACCAGGGGCCUACAGGGUACCGAAACCAAAAACAGGUACGAACACACAGCGUACGGUGAAAGGGACAGAACCGAGUCCAGAGCAAGGGACACAGAUACCGGCAGAGAUAGGUACAGGGAGAGGGAGAGGGGGAGGACACGAAUCGCCAACGACCGCUCUUACUCUAUCGGUAGUCCUAGCCCCGGUCCUCCCAAUUCUAUCCUUGCCUGUCUUCCCCCCAACACUCCAGUAGAAAUCAUGCGUUGCCUAGUGCAACAUUACCAAAAUCAAGCGGAUGAAUUGCGGCUUGAACAUAUGCGCCUUACAAGGAACAGGUCGGCGAUGGCAUUGUGGCAAGGUGAAGGGCGACAGGACACUGGCAAGGACCAAGAUACAACAGCGUUUGGCAGGGCUGCUGUUAGUGAUGAUGCGGGCCCUUCUUCCAUUCUCGCAUGUCUCGGAGACUCUCCUAUGGAGACGCUGCGGCGCCUAGGACUGCAUUACCAGUUUCAGGCGGAUGAGUUGAGGCUGGAGUGCAUGAGGAUUGAUCGGGAGGAGAGAACGAGGAGACAACAGGAGCGCGAGAGGGAGUGGGAGCGGGAAAGAGGAGGAAGAGAAGAUGGCGGCUGGACUGACAAGUAA